AUGAGCGCGGCUGCCGAGGUGCCUUGCGGGCCGCCCCGUGGCGGGCGCUCCACACGGCGUCGCCGGCCGCGCCGCGCCUGGGCCGCCCUCGCCCUCGCCCUGGUCUUGGCCGGGGGCUUCGCUGGAGGCUUCACGGGGCCGGCGGCAGGCCGACAGGCCGUGCAGUGGCAGUGGUGCGUCCUUGCCGUGCUGGCGCUGACGGUGCUCCUGGCCUCGGGGUUGGCAGCGGCCUGUGUGGUCGGCCGGGAGGGCGCCGGCUCUUCGUCGAGGUUCCUGAUAUCCAGUGGAGGGGCGUGUGUGGAGCCAUCGAGCCCGUCGAGCUCUGAUGGCUCGAAGCUCCCAGCCGAGGCUUCCGAGGUGAGGAGGCGCAGCGUCGAGCUCGUUCGGAGGUCGCAGCUGCCCAUCACUGCUGUAGAGACCUUGACCGCUCAAUCGUGGGAGAAGUUUAGUACUUCUGAAACUUGCUCCAACUUCGCGCGGUUGAAGCAUGGCGACUCCGAGAUGCUGCGGCAAGCAUCUCACGCGCUUGCCAUGACAAUACGGGCGCACCCUCUGGCAGGGCUUUGGCUGGCGGCAGCCCCCCAGGACGUGUGUGUCAUCGCUCCAGCCUACCGGGUGGUGCCUACAGCGGGAUCUUUCAUGGCCAUCGAGAUCCACAAGGAGCUCUGCGUGAUGGGAGGCGGGAAGCCGGUGAAUCUUUUUCAAAUGAAGCGACGUAGUAUCACAAACGGUGAUUUCGCGACUAUGGACAUGAAGACUCGGAAGGCAGCUCUGGCCAACCAGUUUUAUCGAAGACUCCGAUGCGUCUGA